UGUGUGGCGGCGGGGCAUGCCCAGGGCACCGGGCACGGCCUUCAAUGGGCGAGGACACGGACACGCGGAAAAUUAACCACAGCUUCCUGCGGGACCACAGCUAUGUGACUGAAGCCGAUAUCAUUUCCACCGUUGAGUUCAACCACACCGGAGAGCUGCUGGCCACAGGCGACAAGGGUGGCCGGGUCGUCAUCUUCCAGCGGGAACCAGAGAGUAAAAAUGCACCUCACAGCCAGGGCGAGUAUGAUGUCUACAGCACCUUCCAGAGCCACGAGCCGGAGUUUGACUAUCUCAAGAGCCUGGAGAUAGAGGAGAAGAUCAACAAGAUCAAGUGGCUUCCUCAGCAGAAUGCCGCCCACUCCCUGCUGUCCACCAAUGAUAAAACUAUCAAACUAUGGAAGAUUACAGAGAGAGAUAAGAGGCCCGAGGGAUAUAACCUGAAAGAUGAAGAAGGGAAGCUUAAAGACCUGUCCACGGUGACAUCGCUCCAGGUGCCUGUGCUGAAGCCCAUGGAUCUGAUGGUGGAGGUGAGCCCACGGAGGGUCUUCGCCAAUGGCCACACCUACCACAUCAACUCCAUCUCCGUCAACAGCGACUGCGAGACAUACAUGUCGGCGGACGACCUGCGCAUAAACCUCUGGCACUUGGCCAUCACCGACAGGAGCUUCAACAUUGUGGACAUCAAGCCGGCCAACAUGGAGGACCUCACGGAGGUGAUCACGGCGUCCGAGUUCCACCCCCACCACUGCAACCUCUUCGUCUACAGCAGCAGCAAGGGCUCCCUGCGCCUCUGCGACAUGCGUGCAGCCGCCCUGUGUGACAAGCACUCCAAACUGUUUGAAGAACCCGAGGACCCCAGCAACCGCUCCUUCUUCUCCGAAAUCAUCUCCUCCGUGUCGGACGUGAAGUUCAGCCACAGCGGCCGGUACAUGCUUACCCGGGAUUACCUCACGGUCAAGGUCUGGGACCUGAACAUGGAGGCGAGGCCCAUCGAGACCUACCAGGUUCACGACUAUCUGCGGAGCAAGCUCUGUUCCCUGUACGAGAACGACUGCAUUUUCGACAAGUUUGAAUGUGCCUGGAACGGGAGCGACAGCGUCAUCAUGACCGGGGCCUACAACAACUUUUUCCGCAUGUUUGACCGGAACACCAAACGCGACGUGACCCUGGAGGCCUCGAGGGAGAGCAGCAAGCCGCGGGCCGUGCUCAAGCCCAGGCGCGUGUGCGUGGGCGGCAAGCGCAGGCGGGACGACAUCAGCGUGGACAGCCUGGACUUCACCAAGAAGAUCCUGCACACGGCCUGGCACCCGGCCGAGAACAUCAUCGCCAUCGCGGCCACCAACAACCUGUACAUCUUCCAGGACAAGGUGAACUCCGAGAUGCACUAGGUGUGCGCACAGAGCCCCGUCAGGGACGCGCCCGUCAAGUCCCCAGGCCGGGCCGCCGCUGCCGGCCACUGUUGGAAAACGGGAGGAAGAAGGGUUCACAGCCACAGACCGUAACAUGGACGUGACUGCCACCUUGGGGUUCAGGCCCUUUGUUCAUUGACUGCCUGUUCCGCUCUUAGGACCUUGUCAUCUCCGGAAUCCCUUUUCACUCCUUCCAGCAGCAACUCGCAGGGGAAAGCCGGCGCCCCGGGGAGCCUCAGGGGCCCCACACCUUUGGGGACCGACGAUGAACUUGAACGAGCCAGCCAGCGAUUCUUUUGAUUACAAACGGAGCGGUUUCUGCUGUCGCAGAGCUGAGGGUCGUCCCUUUGCCUUUCGGAUCGUGGACUCGUGCUGAGAACGGGCAGGUGCAAGAUCCACUUUUAGGUUCUUUUAAUGUCUUUCAGCCCCCCAGGCCCGGCGUUCCCGGAGAGGAAAGGGGACAGUGAAAGCCACCCAUGUGUGUGUGUGCGUGUGUGUGUGUGUGUGUGUGUGCGCGUGUGCGUGUGCGUGUGCGCGCCUGCCCUCACCAUUGCCCCAGCCUUUGCUGACCGUGGGCCGGGGGGGCCAGGCUCGGUGCUCGGCCCUUUAAGCGCACGGAUCCAGUCCCCACUCUGCGGGGCUCUCCUGUCGUGCUUCAUGGUCACAGGGCCCCACGUGGGAGCUCACACGGCUCGGUCCACGACCUGUUCACUUCCUCCAUAAACACCAGCCCCCCACAGAAUGCCAGGCUUGGUGCCAGGUAUGAAAGGUGAGUAAUGUAUCAUCCCCACUCUACACACGAGGACACGGAGGUCCCAAGAGAGUGAACAGCUUGUCCUCGGCACCUACUGGCUGAGGAGCGGAGUCAGGAAUCCUGACCAGGUCUGCACAUGCACACCGGGCGCUUUCCAACCCACUGCAUGGGUGGCUCGUGUUAAAGCAGCGUUCUUGCCUGUGAAGGUUCUGGAAACACACCUUCAUCUUAUGAAGUGAUGGGCCAUGACGAGGGCCCGGGGAGGCUCGAGCUGCAGCACGGAGAAUAGAGAAGACCCCGGUGCCGCCAGGCUCUGUGUGGUGACCUCAGAUCCCCGCCCUCUCCAGGGCACCUCGCUGCACCCACAUCUGUCCCCCAGCCCCUUGUUCAGGUGCACCGAGCUACCUCCAAGAGGAGAUUGCAUGUUUUGACCAUUUCAGGAUACGUUUUCUUUAAUGACCUGGCCUCAGACGACUCUUCCCUGAGGGCCACAGAGAAGCCGUGUCUCCGUGUCCAUGGAGACCGGCUCGCCCACCCCUCCCGCCUGUCCUCUGCGUGGAAUGUCAGCGAGACCACUGGCUGUGUAUCCUGAUUCAGGAAACAGAGUGCAGAGGCCGAAGCCAACAUUUUUCUACAGGGUGUAACUCAACCCAGGAAAAGGACCCACCCGAGGUUUUCUCAGUGGAUAGCGGUGUACUUUUGUGUGUAUCAAAGCACAAAACGCAUGUGCAUUCACUUCUGGCCAUAUGAUAUUUACAUAAGGAAAUGGGUCCAUUGUUCUUGGUUGUUUUUUUUUU